AUGACUAUCACUGAGAUACAACAGCGGCCAAGGCCGCUGGCCAUCGUGGGCAUGUCAUGCCGGCUGCCGGGAGAUGUAGCUUCACUAGAGGACUUUUGGAAGCUAUUGACCAACUCCAGAGACGGAUACAAGGAGUUCCCCGACGACAGGUUCCAUUGGAAGGCAUUCUACCACCCGAACGAAUCCCGCAAAGACUCCAUUCACGUCAAUCAUGGAUAUUUUCUCGACGAUGAUGUGGCCAACUUCGACGCCCAGUUUUUCAAGAUGAAUGCGACAGACGCAGUUUCGUUUGAUCCACAAGGGCGCAUCGUGCUUGAAUGUGUAUACGAAGCAUUGGAGAACGCCGGAAUCCCAAAGGAGAGCAUCGCUGGGACCAAGGUUGGGGUGUUCUCAACAUCCAAUACAUCCGACUACACGCUCGAAUUGAAAGAGAGCAUUUGUUCCAUGCCGGCGCAGGUAGGAGUGCUCGGCCACAAUUGUAUGAUGUCAAAUGUUGUCUCCAACGUGUUCGAUCUCACCGGUCCCAGUGUCAGCGUUGACACGGCAUGCUCGUCAGCGUUCUAUGCGCUACAGAUGGCGGCGCAAAGCAUCCGGUCUGGUGAAACGGAUAUGUGCAUUGUAUCCGGAUGCGCGCUCAACUUGUCACCUUGGCGGUGGAAUAUGCUGUCCAAUCUAACCAUGCUCAACCCAGAUGGUAGGACCCGUGCUCUGGAUCCGGAGACGGACUCAGGUUAUGCACGCGGCGAAGGUGCUGGUUGUAUCAUAUUAAAGUCACUAGAUUUAGCGCUGAGCGACAAUGAUCGAGUGCACUGCGUACUGUCACACAUUGGUGUGAACCACAAUGGCCACACUAAUGGCUACACCAUGCCGGACGCAGUGAUGCAGGCCAAGCUGAUGGAGGAGCUGCAGGCCGACAUCAAUAUACGACCUGACGAGUUCGGCUUUGUCGAGGCACACGCGCCGGGCACCCGAGUCGGCGAUCCUAUUGAGAUUUCAGCAAUCCACAAAGUGUUUUCAAGCGAAGGUCGCACGCAGGAAGAACCACUGCUACUCGGCUCGGUGAAGGCAAAUGUGGGACAUUUGGAGUCAGCGAGCGGCUUCCCUUCGUUAAUUAAGGCUGCGUUGAUGUUGAAUAAGGGUCAAGUUGUAUCCAACCCUAACUUCAAGAAUGAAUCUAUGAACUCAGAGCUGCGCAAGCUGAAUAUGGCGGUGCCGACAACCACACAAAGUUGGCCCAAGGGAAAGCAGUACGUCGCGAUCAACAACUACGGGUUUGGAGGUUCCAAUGCACAUUGCAUCAUCAAGAUGGCCCCGGAAUCCGAUGGGCUACCGGACCAAAACGGUACCUCUGCCGAUGGAGAGGCCUUCUUGUUUGUUCUUUGUGCCAAUGACGAGCAGGCUCUCACGCGGACUAGAGAGCAGUUUGUUGAAUUCCUUGAAUCGGACGAAGCGGCCAACGUGAGUAUGCGCGAUUUGGCUUACACGCUGGGUCAGCGUCGAUCCCUGCUUAGCUGGCGUUCUGCUCUCGUUGCAACGGAAUUAGACGAUUUAUCCAUCAGCGCGGCCUCACCCCAAGUCCUACAGCGACGCGUUGUUCGACCACCUAGAAUUGCCUUUUCUUUCACCGGGCAGGGUGCUCAGAGUUUUGCUAUGGGUCGUGAGUUGUUACAAUAUCCCAUCUUCGCGGAAUCACUUGAAAAGUCCUCCUCUUGUGUUGAGUCGUUUGGUGCCAACUUUUCACUCCUGGAGGAGUUAUAUGCAUCUGAGACAACGUCGCGAAUAAACGAUGCCGACGUCAGCCAAGCCGCAUCGACAGCGGUCCAGAUUGCCCUCGUGGAUCUUCUACGGUCUUGGGGCGUUGAGCCUGCGGCAGUGGUAGGCCACUCCAGUGGUGAGGUUGCUGCUGCAUAUGCCGCCGGUAUUCUUUCCCUGCCAGGCGCUAUGCGUAUCGCCUACGCUCGUGGCCAGAUGGCUAUCAGGAUCAAGACAGUACAGCCGGACUUCAAGGGCGGCAUGAUGGCUGUCAGCGCCGGAAUGGAGGAUGUCGCUCCGCUUUUGGGCAUUGUUACAUCUGGAACUGUGGUGGUGGCGUGCGAGAAUUCACCCAGAUCUCUCACAGUAUCGGGAGAAGAUGUGGCGUUGGAUGAGUUGGAGACUCUGCUUGAGGAGGAUGGGGUGCCUCAUAGACGGCUGGCCGUGGACUUCCCGUAUCAUUCACCUUUCCUUGAGCCAUUCGUUGACCAGUAUGAAGAGGAUAUUUGCACGACCGACACCUUCCCGACCGCGACGAGUCGCAACGUUGAAUUUUUCUCGGCCAUGGCGGGGCGGAAGAUCGACCCAGUCGCGGUAAAGAAACCAUCAUACUGGGCAAGCAGCGCCAAGUUCCGAGUUCGAUUCACAUCUGCUAUGAACGCGCUCUUGAAAAGCAAGACACCCCCCGAUGCAGUGGUAGAGAUUGGGCCCAACCCCACGCUGACAUGGGCGACGAAAAGCAUCUUGAAGGCACUCGGGAAGCAGGCGCCAGCGGCGAUGGCGACACUGCCAUGUCUGCAGCAUGGAGAAAACGCACGCGUAGCUAUGCUAAAACUAGCCGCCUCUCUCUUCGGCCUGGGCCAAUGGCUUGACAUGGAGCAGGUCAAUUUCGGUCAUUGGAAAGAUCAGGGUUCUCGUCCACGCCUGGUAGAUGGCCUGAAACCAUAUCCGUGGACACGUAGCCGCUACUGGAUCGAAUCCAAAGUUCGAGAUGACGUUUUGCUGCGACAAUUUUCGCGUCACGACCUGCUUGGCCAUGCGACGACGCAUUCGAAAGAUAGCGAAAUGACCUGGUCGAACAACUUCGAGGUCGACGAUAUGCCUUGGCUUCGUGGUCACCAGGUUGGAUCAUCUAUUACCUUUCCACUCGCGGGUUAUGUGUGCGCUGCGUUGGAGGCCAGCAAGCAGUGCGCCAUCGCACAUAGGGGUAGCGACGAUGUUAUUGCAGGUUUCACAGUGCGUGAUAUGCGCAUGCAAAACAACCUUGUGUUCGAGGAAGGAGUGCGCGUGGAACUGGUUAUCAAACUUCGCCCUCUAACUGGAAGCGAUUUCGACGAAUUCGAGCUCUCAACCUGGAGCAAGGAACAGGAAAAAUGGGUAUCUCACUGCAGGGCCCUUGUGAGGUGUCACUUGGAGGACGUGCCUGAGAUGGGCGGGCUGGCACAGUGGGGCGACGCGCGUGAAGAUUGUCACAGCCGCGUCGGCAGCCCGCUGCUUUAUCAGGGAUCAGCAAAGGCCGGCCCGCGUCGUACUGGCACAUUCCGCAAUGUGCACAACUUGUGGUAUGGGAGCGGUAAGACUACGGCAGAAGUGGUAGUGUCGGACACUGAGGCUGCUAUGCCUCACCACUACGAGACCACCUAUGCCAUCCACCCAACAACACUAGACGGUCUGCUACAGUGCGGGAGUUACAUCCCUUUCCUGGACCCCUCGAAUGCUCCUAUUGGCAGCAGAAGCAACAUUUGGGUCCCGAAUGCCAUUGAAGAGGUGAUCAUUGGCUCCGAGGUUCUCUGCAGACCAGGCCUGGUCCUGCAAACCGUGGCCUGCUCAGAGCAAGCGCCACAAAAGCUCGGGGGAACAUAUGCCAUCGAUGCUAACUUGGACAAUUCGUCCAAUCCACAAGUUCAAAUCCGUGGUCUCCACUUAAGUGUGGAAGAGGGCCUUCCGCUCCUAUGGCCUGAGCCACACUAUGGAUGCUAUAAGGUAGAAUGGCAGCCCGCUGCGCAGCUUCCGACAGACGCCACCAAAUGGCACAUAUUGCAGGGGCCAGGGGAUGACAGCGACCUGGCGCGUAUCCUCAGCCACGAAUUUGGCACCUCCGCCGUGCCUGUAUCUCAAUCACUGCCCGUCGAAGCUAAGUUCUGUGUUGUAUUAGACGUCGGCGAAGGCUUGCUCGGAAGUGUCGAUGAGGCCUCCUUCGAUAAUAUCAAGCACACUCUUACGACUUGUGAAGCCGUGGUCUGGGUCACUCGUGGUGCCUUCCACCGGGCAACAAACCCGAUAGCAGGAAUGGCAGUCGGACUGCUCAGGACGAUCCGCAGCGAAAUGCAGGCCCCGGUCGCAACCCUGGAUCUCGAUCCGUCCACUUCCAGCGACGCCACGUCGCAGGCGGCCCUUGUUGGGCGUAUUGCUGGCCAUCUUGCCGUCGCGGCGAAGAAGGCCGAUCCCAACAUGGAGAUGGAGUUCACGGAGAGCAGCGGCGAGCUCCUUUGUUCGCGCAUUGUGCACGACAACGAGCUGGCUUGCAACACACAUGCUGCCACAGGCGUCGCUCCUCCCCAGGAUGAAGCCUUCAAGCCCGAUACUCGCGGCAUAUUUGGACUACAACAGCCGGGGCUGGCCGACUCGCUGUAUCUUCAGCGAGUAGACCCCGUGCCACAGCUGGCCGAUUAUGAGGUGGAGAUCCAGGUGGCAGCGACUGGAAUUGGCGCUGAAGACAUCAAAGCCCUUCAGGGGCGCGAGUGCAGUGGUACUGUGGUUCGUUGCGGUGAUAAAGUCACGCGCGUGAAUAUGGGUGACAAAGUGUUCGGUCUGGCAAAUACCUACGGCGCAUUUGGAACUUUUGCUUGCGCGCGUGAAACGAGCCUUGCCCUUGUGCCAGCUGCCAUAACACUAGAAACAGCUGCGGCACUACCAGCCACAUUUGGCGCUGCUCAGCUUGCUCUCAUCGAAGUCGGCCGAGUGCGCGAGGGCGAUAGGGUCGCAGUUCUUGCAGCCGGGUCCGCCGUAGGUCAGGCGGCGGUGCAGGUUGCGAAAGCGGCGGGCGCCUAUGUCUACGCUAUCAUCGAUUCGCCCUCAUAUCAUGAGGCUGUAUUAUCUGUUAACCCACCGCCCGACCAUAUUACCGGUAGCCUCAACGAGGUGCCACCGGUGGACGUGGUGCUCAAUCCCAUUCCAGGCACCAAUAAUGAUGGUGCCCGUGUCUCUCGGGUCCUGGCGCCCUUGGGGCGGUUUGUGCAGAUUGGCGAGCUGAUGCCGGACUCUGCACCUUGUCUACACGCAGGCUGCAGUAUCUCUGGCGCGUCUCUGUCUGCCGUAGCUGACAGCCUUCCCGCUCGAAUGAGCGCUGCGCUGGAUGCGGUAGCCGGCCUCUUCUCGCACGAUCUUGCCAGUGGCCUCUCGCUAAUCCACACGGUUCGACUGGACCAUUUGCCGGAAACACUCGCAACUGUCUCUCUCCGUGAUCCGGCGAGGAAUGUGCUUGUACCCACGGAAGGUGAGAUAAUAAAGACCACACCGGCACGGCCUGCUUUGCCCAAACUUGACCCAGCAGCUGUAUAUCUGCUCGUGGGUGGUGGAGGUGGCCUUGGCCGUGUCAUCACUAGAUGGAUGGUGAAUAAUGGAGCCCGGAAAAUUGGCUUGGUCUCCCGCAGCACAUCCAUGAGCUCCGAAGUGAGCGCGCUUGUAGAGGACUUGGCUGCCUUGGGAGCUGAUAUCUUCUUGCUGCCUUGCGAUGUUACAGAUAAGCAGCAGUUGCAACAAGUGGUUGACCGGUGUACUAUCGAAAAAGGGGUCGUCAAAGGAGUCAUCAACGCCGCGAUGGUGUUCAAGGGGGGUGUCUUCAGCUCUGUAUCUCAAAAAGAUUUCAUUGCUGUGAUUCAACCAAAGGUUUAUGGCACAUGGAACCUUCACCACGCCCUCAGUAACGCGCCUCUUGACUUCUUUGUGCUCAUUUCAUCGGUUGCUGGUGUGAUGGGCACGCCCGGGCACUCGUCGUACGCAGCUGCUAACACGUUCUUGGAUUCUUUCGCAAAGUACCGCAUACAGCAGGGUCUCCCGGCUACUGCACUUGCUCUGACGGCUGUGGUAGAUGCUGGUUACAUGGCUGAAAACGCCGAGAAUUUGCAGAAACUGAAGUAUGUCGACGAAUACGAGGGAGAAAUACUUACUACUCAAGAUGUACUUGCUCUCCUCUCUGCCGCCAUCUCCGGGAUAACUGGUUCAUCCUGUGAUGGUUUCUCAAUAACCGGCGCAGGAUUCGGCGCUGCUCGAAAGCUGCCACCCUACGCAAAAGAUCCUCGGUUCUCUGCUUUGGUGAUGCGCCAUGCCAAAGAUCAGGAGACAAAUCCAAAAUCGACUGCUCUUUCCACCGACACUUCGCUGUCUCAUGUACUUGACCAGACCGACGACAAGGCUGAAGCGACCCGCAUCCUCCUAAACGCUGUCCGAAACAAAGUGGCGGAGCUGCAGCUCAUGCCCGUAUCGGACAUUCUCGACGGCCAAACCAUCGUCGCGCUCGGGCUCGACAGCUUAACAGCCAUGGAGCUUUACUCGUGGAUUGGGCGGGUUUUCCGUCUGAAAUUCCGGGUUCAAGAAUACGCCAAACUGGAUACCCUGGAGAAGAUUGUAGAUAGUGUCAUGUCCAAAAGGGAAGCCGCUGAUGCUGCAGCUUGA